ACUGUACUUUUUUUUAGAUCCGAGUCAACUCAACUCAGUCGUGGCUUCUCUCUUUUUCACCUCCGACAAAAGAAGCUACUCUCUACCUCGCUUCAAGUGAUCCUAUGGAAGAGAACAACAACGCCGGGAGCGAUUCUGACUCUAACUCCGUCGACGAUCCACAAGACUAUUACGAGCCGAUCUCAGCCGUCGAUCUAGACACCGCCAAUGACGACGGGAGCGAUGUGGAAGACAGUUAUAAUCCGAUCGGCGGAGAUGGCUUCAGCCACGGCAUCUCCAACGGCCAUUGUAUGAUUCCGGAAACAGAGGAAGGGAUCUCUUCUAUUAGCAUAAACGGAGACGCAGAGAGCGAAGAAGAGGCGGAGAUGGAGACGGAAUCGGAGAUCCGUAGAGCGUUUGAAGAGGACGAACGGCGUAGAAGAUCACCGUUAAUGGAGGAGAAUACCGUUAGGGUUAUGGAGGCAAUGCGCGCAAUCUCGUUCCCUGGAAUGGCUCCUGAUUGGGCUUCCGAUGUUAAUGAGGAUCGUUGGAUUGAUCAGCUUCGAAGAUUGAGAUCCACUUCUCAAUAACUCAACUCUCCUGAUUUAUAUCAAACUCAAUACUUUGUUCUCCGUUCAAGAUCUUUCUCAAUGUUCGUUUUCUCGAGUGUUGGUACAGCAGAAUCGGUAAAGACAUUUGAUUAAUUUUUA